UUCAGGAGGUCGAAGGUCCCGGAUGAGGGCGGCGCCAGCCAUGGCGGCUUCAGAGAGACCCGACGCGGAGGUAGAGGAGGCUGGCCAAGUCUAUCUCCUGAUGAAAAAGGAUUACCGGAUUUCACGCAAUGUACGCCUUGCCUGGUUUCUAAACCGUUUGCACCAGGUUAUCUGUGCAGUGCCUGAAUCAGAAUUGGUGAGGAAGCCAAACCAUGUAAAAUCAGACAGUGAGUUGGAUGUUCUCAGCAUACUGCCUAUUAGUUGGCAACCUGACGAACCUGUACAGCCCAGACCAUAUCUCCUUGUGCCUUCUACGCAAGUCACUUUCUUUGCACGUCAGUACCGUUUUGUGAUUGAACUGGAUCUGAGCCCUUCUACAGGAAUUGUGGAUGACUCUACAGGAGAGAUAAUUUUCGAUGAAGUGUUCUGUGCCCUCUCCCGGUGUUUAGUGGGGUUGUUAAGGCCCUUUCGAAUCCCAGGCUCAGACAUCCUCUUCCAACCUGAGAUUUUCGUCACUAUUCAAGCAUAUUCAUCCAUUAUUGGCUUACAGACACACCAGGUGCUGUUCCAGGGUUGCCUGCUGGAUAAGACCAAUACAGAGACAUUCCUGCAGCAAGUUUAUACACAAUUAUGUGUCUUUGAAAAUAAAGUAGCUGAGAUGCUCCGACAGCAGUAUGAGCCCAAAAGUCAGGUGGACUUGCCAUCUCUUAACCAAGAUCGUCUUUCUGACACCCAGGAAUCCUCAGGGAGGAAGCUGGGGGUCUCCAUGGUCACUGCUGAUGUUGGGCUGGUCAGCAUGAUCCGGCAGGGAAUUUUGGCACUCCAGUUGCUGCCCUCAAAUUCCAGUGCAGGGAUUAUUGUGAUUACUGAUGGUGUGACCAGUGUCCCAGAUGUAUCUGUCUGUGAAACUCUCCUCAACCAGCUGCGUAGUGGGACAGUGGCCUGUUCUUUUGUUCAGGUUGGAGGAGUCUAUUCCUACGACUGCAGUUUUGGUCAUGUCCCAAAUGUGGAACUUAUGAAGUUCAUUGCCAUGGCAACAUUUGGCACAUAUCUUUCCACCUGUCCUGAGGUUGCACCUUCUUGUCUGGACUUGAAUGUUUACCACAAAGCUUUUCUUCUGUACUCGUUUCUGCGCAGUGGGGAAUCCCUGAACCCAGAAUAUUAUUGUGUGUCCCAGCACAGACUUUUCAAUGAACACCUUGUUUCUGCAAGCAGUAAUCCUGCGCUGGCUAUGAGGCGGAAGAAACAUACAGAGAAAGAGGUGCAUGCUGACCUUAUCAGUAUAGUCUCUGUCCGGCUGCGAGAAGGAUAUAGUAUCCGUGAAGUCAAUAUCACAAAGGGAGGCACUCAGCUUGAAGUUAAGCUUAUCCUGUUGUGGAAGCACAAUAUGAGAAUUGAGUACCUGGCAGUGGCCCCAUGGCCUUUGGACUCUUCAAAACGCAGCACGUGGGUGGAAGUGACUAUGGAGGGAAGCUAUGAUAUCUUGCAUGACAUCAGCUGCACAAUGCGUAAGCCCAUCACUAGCCUGUAUCGUACAACUGUGAUACGCCGCUUCUGGAACACUUUGCAAAGCAUCAACCAAACUGACCAGAUGCUGGUUCAUCUUCAGUCAUUUGAUAGUGCCCCAGAACACUUCACCAUUCCAGAAAGCACUAGAAAUGGGGUGCCACUCUUCUACAUUCCUCCAGGAUCUACCACACCGGUCCUGUCUUUACAGCAUAGCAGCUCAGAUUCCUGCCACGCACAAUUUGCAGCCUAUUGGAAGCCUAUCCUCUCUAUGGAUGCCAACUUCUGGCAAAGAUGGCUGCACAUGCAUCGUAUUGUUAUUCUAUUGGAACACGACAUGCCAGUGCCAAAACAUUUGCACACACCCGGCAACAAUGGCCGCUACAGCACAAUUCAGUGCCGCAUCUCACACUCGGCUCUGACCUCUUUGCUGCGUGACUGGAGUAGUUUUGUGCUGGUGGAAGGCUACUCUUAUGUCAAGCUCAUGCGCAGCUCUGAGGAUCAGCCUCCUUUUUCAUUUUAUGUGGUCCGCAUAAUUUCCAAAGCUCCCUGUAUGGUUCUUCGUCUGGGUUUCCCCAUUGGGACACUUGCAAAAGUCAGGAACGAAAUUGUCGAAGAAUUAAGAGAUCGUAUCCUGCAGCUGCGCUUCCCACACAGGGUACAAAGCAAAGAGGCAACUCCAAAGGUGAAGAGGAAGGUCAUUGGCAGCAGCUCACCAUCAAAAUCUCCUCCUGUGCCUGGAGUCCAGCCAACUCUCUCAGACAGACCUUGCCUUAUAGUGCUUCACAAGCCUCUGGAGAAGCUCCUCAUCAGAUAUGAAAAGCUGCCCUCUGACUACUGUGUUCCUUGCCUCCUUCCCCUGGAGAAUCCCACAAUGUCAGGCUCUCUCACUAUGGUGGCCAACCGCACAGCUUCCUCCACUCUAGCCUCCUUGUCUCGCUACUUCUACCACCAGCGCUGGAUCUGGUGUGUGCAGUCAGGGCUGGUACCUGCAGUGCCCAUCACAGCUGUAGCGCAACUCUUGUCCACUCUCACAGAGGUUCGUCUGUCUGAGGGUUUCCAUUUUGCUUCCAGUGGUGAUGGGAUUAUCAACAUGGUGCUCGAGUUGCCCAUUAAGAGUGAUUCCUCAAGAGUGAGUGGCAGUGAGAAGCCCACCUGUAUUGUCCAAUAUGUGCUGUUCCCUCCACAUUCCACUUCUACUAAAGACAGUUUCUCCACAGAUGAUGACAAUGACACAGAGGUGGAGGCCAUUGAGGUGGACACAGAGUUGAACAUUGUCACAGAGUGCUGGGUAGAGCCACAGAGUGGCUGUGUGGAUGGUGCACUGGACAUCUGGAGGCACUUUGAUGGCCUGCCUUACCGGAAAAUCCCAAAAGCGCUUUACCCUCGGGAUCUGUUGUGCAUCCAUACUAUGCUUGCUUUUGAAUAUAUCAGCCAGCUGUGCCAAAACAAGGACUGGGUCUUCCCUGCAUGUCCACGGCCUGCUCCUGUUGAAGGUCGUGAUGCUGGAAGUGGCAACAGAGUGCAUGAAAUUCCUUUUCAUUUUGACCUAAUGAAGUUGCUGCCCAGAUGUCAGCAGAUUGAAAUGUUUUUCCUGAUGCUAACAGGAGCAGAGGAGGAUGGGACCACAAAGGAAUCUUCUUUAUUGCCAAAUGAAAUGCUUCUUGGUCUGUUCCAUGGCUGUCUGCAGCAUGACCUCAGUGACAGAGAGAUUACACUGUCAGGCACAGAUCAUAUCGCUUUUAUGGAGCAGGUACUGAAGCGGGACAGAGAUGGCCACCCACCCCCAUUUGUGCUCCCAGUGGUCCAAGCAGAACCCUCCAAGUCUUCCAUGCCCUCUGAAGAGCAAGAUCCAGCAAACAUUUAUAACUCUGUUGGAAAGAAAGAUGCAAGUAUACACCUGGCUCCAGACACCUUAGAGACUUCAAGAGGUGAUACUGCAUCAGCAUCUGACACCAUCUUCCCUCAGUGGCGAUGUUAUGCCAAGCUGGUGAAUUCACAGCAUCUUUUCCUCAUCUUUCUGCCAGCUACAUUCCUAGACAUACCAAGAUUGCUGGCUUAUGGACCAGAUAAACCUUCAAAGGAGGCAGAGCAAACACCUCCCCAGAGAACACAACAACUGGAGACUGUGGGGUCACUUCCAACUGUCAGUGUCACACCAGCCAAUGGGAUUGGGCAGGAGAUGCGAGAUCCAGAUACUACACCAAGAAGAGAGGGACGCAUAUCUUUCAGCCGUCAGGCAUCUCAGCCAGAGUUGGGGGACAGUGUCCGUGCCCGCUGCCCUGUCUUUGUGUACAGUUGUUCUAUGGAGUUGCUUCGGGAGCAGGUGACCAGCCCCAGGCCAGAUAAACCUCUGCGAGAUAUAUUUUUCAGAAGCCAGUCUGUAGAACGUCCUGCCAGUGCUCCCUGGCUAGAUCCCAAGCACAAGGAUCUGGUGAGUUACUGCACCUUGCUGCAAGAACAUUCCCAUCAGUGCUAUGUGAAAGGACUGUUCAGGAGCCUGCAACAGGGUCACAAUAUCAGCUGCCCUGACCUACUCAUAGCCAUGGAUUACUGUGAGGAGCUUCUGCAGGAGAUAGACAUCACUAGCUUCCUGCUUACCCUGUGCACCCAUGUGCAAUCAUUCUGUGAGCACCACCAGCACUCUCUCAACCUAUCGGAGGGAGAAGUGGUACAAACUUCCCAAACUCAGGAUGCCUCUUCUUCCAGUGCUGAGACAGAGGAGUCCAGUGAGCCAGAUUCCCAGAUUCAUACCUCCCCUUCCGAGGAGCCUGGCCAGAGUUGUUGUCCAGAGUUCCCACUCUCACUGCUAGAUAGCAACCAGCCCUGCCCAAGCCACACUGAUCUGCAUAGGAUCAUCCAGGAGAAGUUCUUGGAGAUUGGCAGUUUGCAUUUUAAACCAGUGCCAUCUAAUCCUCAUUAUUUCUUCUAUUGUCCUCCUUCUGCCAAAAAAGAGGAGGAGGCUUCACGGGACCAUGCAGAUGGGAAAGGCAAUGAAGAUGUAGAAAGUUCAGAAACUGAUCUGGCACUUGAUGAAGGAAAUACAUCUGCCUGCUGCAUUGGCACUGAGAGUGACCCCGAAUUGGAGGUGGAAUACCGAGAUCGGUUGGACCACGAGUUUCUAGAAACCGACUCCUUGUCAGAGUCCAACACUGUUAACCAGGAUGAGGACUCCUUCAGUGUCCUGGGAGAUUCUUUGGCAGAACAAGAGCUGCUAGAGCAAGAUAUGCCACCUCUCUUUAUGCACUUGACCUGCUCUGUGAAGCUGCGCAACCAGCACAGUUCCAUGCCUGUUCGCUCGUUGCCUACCUGCCUGGGAGAGGUGCUGGGUUGCCUUGAGAACUGUAAAGCUCCCCAGACAAUUGAUCUUUCUGACCUCUGUGUGACUCUGGAUAUCUUUGUCCUUACACUUUCCUUGGAGAUCGAAAUGGAGAACGAUUUGCAUCACAAUAGAUAUACAUCUGAGAGCAGUGUCUCCUUCAACCGUUCCCCAGGUCGGCCCUCAUCCUUCCGCUCAGAUGAGGAAUUUAUGCAUAGCUUGGACAGGAUUCCUUUGGCAGUGGAUGAUGGGCACCCAGCACUCUCCAAUCUUCCGGGAGUACACAGAGAAGCCAUUGAAGCUACCAUGACAGAGAUCCGUUGGCUCUUGGAUGAUGAAAUUGUGUCAGCACUGCGCCAUUCAAGUCCAGUUACUGUUGAUACUUUGAAUCGUGUGGCUACUCAUGUCUACAGUUCUCAAGGCCGCCCAAGCUGCCACUGCGAGGCUGUUCCUUUGCAGUUUGUGUUUGGUCCUGAGAAUUCACUGGAAAGGUUUCGUGAGGAGUUCCAGAGAAUGACCAUACCUGGUUAUGUGCUCAAUGCUGAGGGGAAUGAUUUCUACUAUGUUUCUAUCAGCCGCCUACAUGGGCCAGUGGGGGGGCCCAGUCCUUCAGUAACACAUGAAAGCACCUUGACAGAAGAAAGGUGUGAAAGCAGCAGCAAAACGGAAGGCUCCUUGACCUGUUCUCUUCCCUCUGAGGAGGCCCAUGGUCUCUGGGCAUGGCCAGCAAGUGAGACCAAGGCUGCAGUGGAAGCUGCCGAAGGUCUUAGCAUAUGUAGCUCUUUACAUGGUGAGGUGUCAAGUGAUGUUCCACAGCUGAAUCAAGGCAGUACUCCAGACCGUGGCUCUCUGGAUGAAGAACCCUCUUUGACCCAGACACAACCUCUGUCUUCCUCCUCUGACAAAUGGAGUAGUAAUAAGUCUCCCUCAGUAACACCAUCUGCAUCAAGCCUGGCUGAUUCUGUGGUCCCUGGAAAAGAAGGCUGUGGAAAGCAAUACCCCAGCCGGGUUCAGAGCCUGGUGUCAAGCCAGGGUAGUAUGGAUUCUGAUCUCCUAGGCUAUGACGGUGGCAGCAGUGAUUCUGAAUGCGAAGAUGUAGUGAUGAGUGACUUGGAACCCAGAUGCCCCCUCAUGCCUGACUUCUGGCUGAUCGUAAAGAUCCACCAGGACCGGGUGGAAAUCUACUCACACACACGUAGCAGCACAAGUGCAGAGAAAGCAACACAGAAUGAGGAAGGGGAAUGUAAGCGUCUUCACUAUACUGUGGUGAAGAAGGUUGGUGAAAUCUGCCGCAUUGUAAACCAGCGGUUGCUUCUACAAGAUCUGCAUGACAGUCAUAUUUGCAAUUCUCUGCUGGUUGCUGAAAGUGAGGAGGAUAUCUGGAAAAGCGAAACCCCCUAUACGUACCGGCAGCGCACUGGGACUGAUGAUUAUCCUGGAGAGGAGAGCUACCAGCCGCGUGACUACCUUGCAGCCACAAUGCAGUUCAUGCCUGGACAUUUUGCUUGUGAUGCAGUCUGGAGCACCACUAUUCAUGUACAUUCAAGACUCAAGAUGGGGCCCAAUAUGGGUGUUGCACGUGCCAUCCAAGCCCUACGUUCUGUACUCAAUGCCUUCUCUAUUGUUAAUAGAAAGAAUAUGUUUGUUUACCAGGAGCGCUCAACCAAGUCUGUUUUCUACUUGCGACUCUCUGAAACAACAUCAAGUGGGAAGUUUGGGGAAGGUGAAAUCCAGAGUCUUGCAUGCCGUUCGCUGGCACUUUCACGCAGCCAAGAGCCCAUAUACACUGAGGACCUGAAUGCAUCUCGCUCAUCCCUGGACACUGCCUCUUGUCGCAGUGUCGAUUCCAGUCGUCCUCUGAGCCAGGUGGACAGACAUAUCCAGCUAGUAGUUCAUGGAGUAGCUCAGGCAGGACCUGAGAUAACGGAUGAGCUAGUAAAAGUUCUCCGUAGGCGCCUGGAUGAAGCCACCUUGGAUAUCAUCACAGUUAUGCUUGUGAGGACCUGCAAGCUCACACCAGCUGAUGUAGAGUUUAUCCAGCCCCCUGGCAGGCCACCCACUGAAGUACUGCAGUUUACUCUUCCCCCCUCCUGCCUACCGUGGCUUCCAGCUGUGGCUUGCUACCUACGUCAGAAUCUGCUGAUCUUCCUACACACGCCCAAAUACACGGACAGCAAUGUGGAGAACCACUUCAAGCAUUAUUUCCAUCAGGGCAGCAGCAGCCCUGACCUGGAUCUUUAUCUCUAUAACAAGCCUGGAGGACAGGGCACUGGUGGCAAAGGUAUUGCGUGUAUUGCUCUUUCUUUUGUGGAUGACCGUGGAAAUCCCAUCUCCUUGGCUCGCUGGGUGAGGCCACCCACUGCACUUCUGAGCACAACAUUCCUUCAGGAGGCUGACUUUGAGAGUUUAACUGCUGUUAGCAAGUAUCUAUCCGAGCCUGGCACUUCACAGCCAGCCCUCUGUCCUCUGGUGCGCCUGGACAUCUGGGAAAAGGGUAACAUCAGCUUGUUGCAGCUGUCUGAAAGGUUGCGCAGUGCCUUGCGCCAUGCACUCUGUGAUGCACUCAUGGAAUUCCGUGUGCUGCCCAAUCCAUUGUGUGUUGAACUAUCCACCGAACAAGAGGAUCAUGGGAGCAUUGGAAACCUGCGGCGGACAAUGUCUGAAAGUAAAGGAACAAGUCGGUCUACUGGAGGCAGAGGAUGUCCAUCCUCCUUGAAUUUCCCUGUGCCCACUGCAGGUGCUGGUGAGCCAGCCACACCCACUAACAGAAUUGGACGACGUAGCUUCUGGGACAUGCUGAGCAAACCAGAGACGGUGGAGCAAGGAAGCCCCAAGACCACAGAUGACAUUGUGUUGGAACGACCUGAAGAGAGUCGCACCCGCCGACGCCACAAGACAGAAAAUGUGAAGCAGCUUUCCAGCCAGGAGCGUGGUGAACAAGGACAGACCCAGAGACGUCGAGCCUGCCAGCUAGAGGAAGGAGAUAUUGGAGUCCUACACCCCAUUUUCAAUCAAACUUGCCAGUCCUGGAUGACAUUCAUGAACCGUUUGGGGUGUCCUUCAGUGCAACACUGUGCCACGGAGAGUGUGUCCCGCUUCCUGCUCCCCUCCAUCAUGCUUGAAAUAGUGAACUUAGUCACCACUUUGGCAAAUGACACGUCUGUCAAAGUAUUCGAAAAAGUCAGUGGUCCUCAAGGGACAUCCUUUGUGCCAUACACGCUCACACUAGGCUCCAGUGCUCAACCAGCUGUUAUUCGACACUUUACACUGCUGGGGCGUAGCUUUCACCAAUGGCGCUGCAGUACAGAACCAGCUCUCAAAGGUUUCCAGCGUUUUGAGGCCACAGAGCUUGGCUCUGCAGAGAAGGGUUCUGAUGUCGCUCCCCGGCAAAGGUUCCUGUUCAUGGAAAUUGUGGACAAAAAGCUGGUGCUGUAUACCUACAAUUGGUCAAUGGACCUGGGCAGUGCUUUGAGCAGCUCUCUCACUCGCUUGCUGCAGUGGCAAAAUGCCCGUGCCCAUGUGGUGCACUGCCUGCUCAGCCAGAAGCUUGGGCUUUUCCACCACUAUUGCUACAUGGAUACUCCGUGGCAUGAAGACAGCAAACAGGAGCCAAAUCCCUUCCUGAAUUCCACUCUGGAGGUGGACACCCUGAUCCGCAGCUCUGGUGUCCCCCCCAGCAAGGAGCAAGGCCGGCUCAGUGGUUCCACUCGCAUCAUGCAACCACUUCACUUCCCUCCUGACAUGGUGCCCUUUGAUGAGGCUCUUCGUGACGUCUCUGUCAGUCGGCCUGUCUUUCACAGCCCUGAGCUGAGUGCACUCGAUCAUGUGGCCCAGCAUGGAGCUCAGUUCCUAGAGAUCAAGAACAUAGAGAGAAAAGAGUUGGAGAAACAGAUGAAGAUCGAGAACCUUUUUAUGACAUGGCAACAACGCUCUGCGCAGUCCAACGUGCCAAUCAGUCUUGCUGAUUUGGAAACUCUGAAGCAGUCAUCACGUUUGGUCCAUUACUGUGCUACACCUCUACUCUUUGAUCCCACUUUCCGGCAACAGAUUCAAACUGAUCAACAGAGCAAGCCAGAGGGAAAGAAGCGGCAUCGUUCAAAUGAUUCCACAGCAUCUAGUAGAGACCGCAGCCAUAGCUGUGAUUCCGCAGAGGGACUGCCAUGUAGGACCAAAGAUGAGGCCUGGCUCCUGGAGUUGUGUCACACUUUCCUGCAGCAAUAUAUCCAGUACCUGCAAAGCAUGGGCUUUAUCCUGGUGCAGGUGCGCCCAGCCUCACCCACUCGGAGCAGCACCAGCCGGAUCAGAGCUCUGGCAGCAAUGGGCAGUGAGGGACGCGGGUCCUUCUCAUACACUAGGCCAAAGGCUGAAGGAAGUCCAAAGAGCACCAGCCCUCCUGUCACCACAUACCAUUUGCAACGAGCUCUGCCUGGGGGCAUAGUGCUGAUGGAGCUGGCUUUCCAAGGCUGCUAUUUCUGCGUAAAGCAAUAUGCGCUGGAGUGCUCAAGACUCCCCAUGGGCCAGACUGUCAACUCACAGCUCUCUAUGCUCUUCACAGAAGAGUGUGACAAGGUGCGCGAUCUCAUGCAUGUGCACUCAUUCAGUUAUGACUUCCACCUGCGCAUUGUGCACCAGUACCUUCUUGGAUCUCACCUGGCGCUACGGCAAGGUUAUCAUCUCACUAGCUUCCUGGAAGACUUCAUUGCCCAGCAUCCUGACAUCCCCAAAUUUGGCCGUAACCACAUCUUCCAAGGUACUUUGGCCUUGCCCACCAAUACCAUCAUGGCACAUCAUCUGUAUAAUUACAUAACUGACCAUGCCAGCACCUACCAUAUGAAGCCCUUACGCAUGGCCAGGCCAGGAACUGCCACUGAUGGCAAGAAGGGGACCCCCGGCCCAGAGCAGAACGAAUAUGCUCUCGUCUCAAUCUGGAACAGCUCAGGUUCCUACAAGGAUUCAGAAGGGUUGCGUCACCAUGACGACUUUGAUGUGUCAAUGCUUGUAUGUCACAGCGCUCCACCCUUUGAGGACCAAAGUGAGGCAGAUCGACUCAUGCUGCGGUUGCACUUCUAUGUAAUCAUGACAAGUCAACGGGAGCUUUUCCCACGACUCACCGCUGACAUGCGACGCUUCAAGAAGCUGCCUCGCCUACAACGGGAGACACUGGAACCGGUUCUGGGGCGUGCAGCCUGGGAGACCGCAGAAGGGGGCUGGCAGCGCAGAGAGAUCAUGGAGCCCUGGGAGGAAGUGGAGGACAGCGGCGAAUUCUAUGCAGGUGGCCCCCAGGUCAGGGUGGGCCCUGGACUCUUCUAUACAUCCCCGGUGUUCCCACUGCUUGCCUCGGAGGUGGCUGCUGCCCAGAAGCAGCUGACCAGCAUGGUGCAGCUUGCCAAGUGUCAUUGUCGCCGAGACAACCUCUGGAAGCGUCUCUUCCUGCUUGAACCUCUUGCAUCUGACAAACUGAAGCUGGGCAAACUCUCAAUUGGGGAGCUGGAAGAAUUGCUGGAUGCAGUGCACAAGAAAUCCAUCUCUGACAUCGAUCCCCAGUUGAGCUGCUUCCUCACCAUGACUGUCUCCUGGUACCAAAGUCUUAUCAAGGUGCUACUGAGUCGUUUCCCCCAGAGCUGCCGCCAUUUCCAGAAUGCUGAUGCGGGCACCCAAUACUUGGUCGUUCUCAACCAGAAAUUCACAGAUUGUUUUGUGCUUGUCUUCCUUGAUUCCCAUUCAGGAAAAACGAGUCUCACAGUGGUUUUUCGGGAGUCAUUUCCAGUACAGCCCCAGAACGAGAGCCCUUUGCCACAACUUGUAUCCACAUACCACCACUUGGAAUCUGUCAUAAAUACAGCUUGCUUCAACCUCUGGACAGGGCUACUAUAGCACUGGUUGGUUCUUCUCAUUGGAGCAUGCUGCAUGGACCCAGCUGCAGUCGUUGGCUGGAACAAACGGGAGACCACUUUGCAUGGCAGGAACAGUGGAUGAUACAAGGGUACAGUUGGCUGGAUAAGAAGUCAGGAUGCUUUCAAGGAUUCUGACUUUGCUGAAUAGAUUCACAGAAAAAGCAGGUCUACUCUGAUGCACAACAAGAGCAACCUGGAUGGAACGCCAAGAGAGCCCAUCCCAAAGAAAAUGCCCAAGAAGGCUUUUGGGUGUAUGUGCCUCUUUGGAAUUCAGGACUGAAAGGCUCCUGCAGUUGCAGGCUCUGCCAGGCCUUUCAGAGUGACUCACUGGACAGAUUUUAGCAGGAGGGUAUUACACAAUGAUAAGAAUGUUUUCUAUGAAGUGAAUGUACAGUAAAUUAAAAAUAAUGGAUAAUGAAUUAUAACAAUAAAAUACUUUGUCACAGA